AUGGACCGCCAGCAACAGCUUCGCAAGCUGCCCGACACACCGCCAACAUCACCACCAGUUGGCUUUGCCGGCCAGAAUGGCUUCAGCACGCCUCUCUUCCCACAGAAGCCCAACAUCCUCUACAUCAUGGCCGACCAGCUCGCAGCGCCCCAACUCAAGAUUUACAACAAGAACUCCCAGAUCAAGACCCCCAACCUUGACAAACUGGCCGAGCAAUCCGUCGUCUUCGACUCCGCUUACUGCAAUUCGCCACUCUGUGCUCCCAGCCGCAUGGCUAUGAUUACUGGUCAGCUUCCAUCCAAGAUCGGUGCUUACGACAAUGCCUCACCAAUCUCGGAGCAAACGCCAACAUACGCACACUAUCUCCGAAAUGCCGGCUACGAGACGGUCCUUGGUGGCAAGAUGCACUUCAUCGGUGACCAGCUCCACGGCUACGAGUAUCGCCUGACUGCAGACAUCUACCCAGCAGACCUUGGCUGGUCAGUAAACUGGGACGAACCAGACACCCGCCUCGAGUGGUACCACAACAGCUCUUCCAUCCUCCAGGCAGGUCCAUGCAUCCGGAGCAACCAGCUGGAUUACGAUGAGGAGGUCAUGUACAAGGCCAAGCAAUUCCUGUACGACCACGUCCGCAAGCCCCAAGGAACCCGACCAUUCUGCUUGACAGUGUCGCUCACUCACCCCCACGAUCCGUACACCAUCGAGCACAAAUACUGGGACAUGUACGAGGACGUCGACAUCGACAUGCCCAAGGUUCAAAUUCCAAAGGACCAGCUCGACCCACACAGCAAGCGUCUCCAGCAUGUCGUUGAUCUGGAAGACUAUGACUUCACAGAUGAGCAGGUCAAGCGGGCGAAGCGGGCAUACUAUGGCUCCGUCAGCUACGUCGAUGACAACAUUGGCAAGCUCAUGGAGACCCUCAAGCAGUGCGGACUUGACGACAACACCAUCGUCAUCUUCUCUGGGGACCACGGAGACAUGCUCGGCGAGCGUGGUCUGUGGUACAAGAUGUCCUAUUACGAGUCGUCAGUCCGCGUACCAAUGCUGUUCAGCUACCCAAAGUUGUGGGCACCACAUCGAGUUCCUCAGAGCGUGAGCACACUCGACAUUCUGCCAACCUUGGUCGAUAUCGUGGGCUCCGAGCUGGUGCCAGGCUUGCCAAUGGAUGGUGUGUCCAUUGUCCCCCAUCUGAAGGGGCAAGACGUCCACGACAACGUCUUCGCUGAGUACAUGGGCGAGGGCACCGUUGCACCCAUGAUGAUGAUUCGUCGCGGUCCCUGGAAGUACAUCACCUGCCCGGCAGACCCAGAUCUGUUCUACAAUCUCGCAGACGACCCAGAUGAGGUCGACGACUUGUCCAAGUCAACCGAUCCUGAAAUCAAGAAGGUGUACGAUGCUUUCGUGGCAGAGGCGAAGGCCAAGUGGAACAUGGAAGCCAUCACCCAGGACGUGCUAAAGACUCAACGUGAGCGUCGCUUCUGUUUCUCGGCCCUGAAGCAAGGCAAGUGGACCAGCUGGGACUACACGGUCCCAGACAACAGCCAAGACAAGUACAUACGCAGCCACAUGGACCUUGACGACCUAGAGCGUCGGGCCCGCUAUCCAAUUGUCGACAUGUAUGGCAACAUCAAGCCAACUACUCCACCUGCCCUUCACCAGAGCAAGGCCAUCGCAGAAACGAUGGCCCAUCAAGCUGGCGCACUGGGACAAUAG